AUGGCUUCUCUGGCUCUAAUACGUUCUUUGCGCCUCACCCUGCCCCGUCAUACAGCAGCUAGAUUCACAAUAGUAACGAAUAACCAUCGCCAUAGCCAACGCUGCAGUCUAAGCACACGCGCCACCUUUCACUACCUAGAGGACCGCCCGGAAUACCAGACUGUGAAACCCUACCAUAUCAACAUUCCUGAACGCGCAUUUGACCCAGGACUCCAGUCAAACGAAGUCUCGAUUGCUUACCAUGAUAUUCCUGUAACGGGUCUCCGUAAUCGUAUAGGUGAUUUUACACUCGAUCGGAAUGGCUUCAAGGUUGUGAUUGAGGAUGAAGACCGUGGCGGUGAGAUGUUAUGCCGUGCGCUGCCAUACGAGGAGUAUGCAGACGAGGCAAGUGUGCGUGACAGGGCGAGGAAGGCUGUAGAGGAGUUUUUGAAACGGAAUAUAGACGGAUGUGAGGAUGCUGUUGCGUUUUCUCAUCAAGUACGCAGGCGUGACAGGCUAUUUCCAAUGCUACCCCGCGGUACCAGUGGAGCUGUGCCGCAGCCCGUACAGGGUGUACAUGUUGUAUGUGGGGCGCUGCUAGAUAUGACCCCCGAUGGGUCGCACUCCGAGGUCCAAGAUGCAUUAGCCGCUCGCGGCUACACAGAUAUGUCGAAGCGCAGAUGGGCAGUAGUGCAUAUCUGGAGGCCCUUGUUCGGUCCACUGCAAGAUUGGCCGCUAGCUCUCAUGGACUAUACAUCUCUCGACAAAGCACGAGAUCUCAUUUCAUCAGAUAACAUAUAUGUGCACCGCAUUCGCGAGAACUACAAUGUACUAUGGAACAAGAGGCAUAAAUGGUACUUCCUUGAGGAUCAACAGCCAAAUGAGAUCCUUGUAUUCAAGACAUUUGAUACGCAUGCUACAAAAGGCCACGCGCGAUUAUGUGCCCAUGCAUCUUUUCGCAAUCCCUUGGCUGCUCCCACGGCCAGGCCGAGAGAGAGUUUUGAAUGCUUAUCCGUCGUCAUUUUCCCAGAGGGUAGUGCAGCUAGCAACUCUUUUGAAGAGCCGUUGCCCGCCGAGACUCCCCCUGGACUUCUAGGAGAGAAACUGGCGGAGAUGAAAGGCGGCCUGGACUAG